AUGCCGCAACCCGAGAUCGUCCGCCAUCACUCAUCGUGCCCGUCUCCUCAAGCCGCUCAAUCAGCAAAUGUCCGGAACGCACAACACCAGGAGCCCCUGGCGACACACAGCACGCACGACCCGGCCGUCGGUGACUCUGAUACGCACCUCCCGCGACCGAGCUUUGCAGACCAAGACGCGUACUCCAUACCGGACACGUACCUCAAUCUAAACGAACUGGCCGCGUCGCGUCCUGUCGACGAUGCGGACGACGGCAGCAUCCACGGCCACGCCAGCCUAGACCGAACCAGAAGCCUGCAGCAGCAGCAGCAGCAGCAGCAGCAGCAGCACUCGCCGCUGGACGCAUCACCGCCAGCGGACGAGAGACCCGGCCAGGAGCCCGCGUCCCGGGCCCUCACGCAGCUAUAUACAGUAUCGUACCUCGUAUUCUUCGCCCUCGCAGGGACCCUCGCACGGGUCGGCCUCGCCGCCCUGACGCACUACGCCGACACGCCCGUCAUCUUCACCACCAUAUGGGCCAACUUUGGAGGCAGCCUCGUCAUGGGCUUCCUGGCAGAAGACAGGAAGCUCUUUCGCCACGAGUGGGCCGCGCACGUGGACAGGCACGCCGGCGGCAACGCCAGGAAGAGUGACCAAGAAGAAGCGUGCGCUCCCCCCCCGGCCGCGGAUUGCGCUGCGGCGAAGCAGGCUCACCUGGCUUUCAAGAAGACGAUGCCGCUGUACAUUGGCCUCGCGACAGGAUUCUGCGGCAGCUUCACCAGCUUCUCCAGCUUCAUGCGCGACCUGUUCCUCGCCAUGUCCGACGACCUGGUUGCGCCGGGGUUCGGAACCAGGCCCGAGGAGAGCAGGAGCGGCGGCUACUCCUUCAUGGCGAUGGUGGCGGUCGUCGUCACCACCCUCGCGCUGUCGCUGUCGGGCCUGGCGUUUGGCGCCCACUGCGCCGCCGCGGCGGAGCGCUUCGUCCCCUCGGUGCCGCGUCGCUGGUGCCGCAGGGCCUUGGACCCGCUGGCUGUCGCGCUGGGCUGGGGGUGCUGGCUGGGCGCCGUGCUGAUGGCCGUGUUCCCGCCCGACGACUCGUGGCGCGGCAAGGUCGUGUACGCGCUGGUGUUUGCGCCGCCGGGCUGCUUGGCGCGGUUCUGCCUCGCGCUGGCGCUGAACGGCAAGCUGGCGACGUUCCCCCUGGGGACCUUUGCCGCCAACGUGCUCGGCACGGCGGUGCUGGGCAUGGCGUGGGACAUGGCGCACCUGCCGAUCGGGGGCGUCGUCGGGUGCCAGGUCCUCCAGGGUGUUGAGGAUGGCUUCUGCGGCUGUCUGACGACGGUUUCGACCUGGGUUGCGGAGCUGAGCAGCUUGCGGAGACGGAGCGCGUACCUUUACGGGGCUACGAGCGUGGUUGUGUCGUGGGCGGCACUGGUGCUCAUCAUGGGCGGGCUGAGAUGGACGGAGGGAUGGUCGGCCUUGAAGUGUUGA